AUGGACGAUCCGUGGGGUUCACCAUGGGCCUCAACAGAUUCAGACGGGGACAAGAAGCCCGCAUCGCCCGCCGGGCUCGACAUUGCUCCUCCGCCGCGCGCCUUCCUUUCCGCGUCGAGCUCGCCGCGAAUACCGGCCGUUCCGGAACAAUCGCCAUGGGGAGGUGACGAUACCGGAUUCGGAGAAUGGGCGACAGCGUCCGAGAUGUCUCCGGCACAUACCGUAUGGGGCGGGGGCGGGGGGUGGGGAUCCUCAAGUCCCAAUCUCUCGAGCACUCCUCGAGAGGAAGCCUUGGGGAAAGCCAGCCCGAUCGCGUGGCCCGAGAAUGUCGCGACUCCGAGACCGGUCAACGGCGCCUCGCUUCGGCAGCCCUCUCCGGACCCGUGGGCGAGCGGGUUCUCAUCGCGAAGAGGUUCCAAUGAUGGGAGAUCCACCCCUCGCCUCAUUGUCGACGCGCCCUCUCCAAUAGCAUUGCCCACCGUCUCGUUGGCGAUGGAUGCUUCAGAAACACAUAAAAGCAUGGCAGACGAGCUAAAUCCGAAUGAAACGAGGGAGGAGACGGUCGUCAGGGGCUCUGAGGCGGUUGCAGACGAUACGGCACACACAGGUGUAUCGACGGCGUCCGGCGACCAUGUGCGGUCCACUGUUGAGUGCACAGCCCAAAAUCAUGAUUACCAGUCAUCAACGCAGUCGAACGACAACACAGACCACGAAGACGAGCGACAGGACUCACCAAUCACUUCUAUUGACGAAGAACCCGGGACACGGCGACCAGUAUCGAGAAAGACAUCUGGGAAAGUCCAAGAACUGGUUGUCAAAUUUGAUGGCCUGGCUAGGGCAAUGAGUGAAGAGCGUCUUUCCAUCCCGGAACGCCGUAGCAGAAGUCAGCUGAGCGAGGGAGCGGAUGAUUCAGACGCCGCCGCUGACUUCGGGGACUUCGAGGAUGCAGACGGAAACGAGACAUCGUUGGUCCCUGACCUGGAAGUGACUGAGACGAUCGGGGAUACACCGGGUAUGGUCAACAGAUCCAUGGAGAUGCAGCUCCCAGCACCAGACGUUCCAAUAAGAGCGGCAUCACCCAUUGUCAAGUUUGGUCCCUUGGACUUCCGUGCUGAUCUAGACUUGGCCGAAAAGCUGUUUCCGUCCAUGUCAGUACCGUCAACCCGCGAUACCAGGGUUGACUACGAGCUACCGGACCGUGUCAUCAGCGACAGCUUUACCACAAUAUCAGAACGCAAAACCUGGUAUCGCAUCUCUCGGUUGGGGUCAUCCCGAAGGCACAACUCCGGAGACGACGAGAGCUACAGGCGGGUAGCUUGGCCGACUUCGACAGUUCAUGAUGAAACGAUCAAGAUUGUGCGCCGGUGGAUGGAGGAAGAUUCUAUUGCAGGACGCGUUGCUCUCGGUGGCGGAAUCGCCAAGAUACAGAAGAACAUGUUUGGUUGGGACUCUUCCGCAGAACCGGUUGCCCUGGAAGCAGUGUUCGGGCGGAGAAAGUCGCACUCGCGAGCUUCAUCCCUCCAAUCUUUUCAGACCCCUGGCCCUCUUCGUCCGCCAGUGCCCGUUGCGACGGCUGAGCAGCUACCACAAGGCCCAACACAUCGCCCGUCAGGGAGUGACGGGCCAGUUGUCGCUUCAUUCGGGUGGAGCAGCGGUUCGCCCGAGUCCACGAAGCCACCACGCCCCACGAGUAUGCCACCAAACACAUUUGCUCCCUCACUGAACCCGCCGGUGUCACGGCCCAAGCCCUUUUCGCUACCAGGUCCUACUCCGCUUUCCAAGCAAUCGGUCGAUGGUGCGGUUGUGGACCGUCCCCUCGCCCCACCACCAGGGAGCAACGAAACCGGCGCUGCCGAGGACGACAGCGGCGGCGAUGACGACGACGACGACGACGACGACGACGAAUGGGGCGAGAUGGUAUCGUCGCCUGUUGUCCCUCGAUUCUCCGCGAAUGGUUCAACAAUCCAACGCCUCGCUACUCCAGCUGUUCCAAUCGCAUCUGACGAACAGAACAACGUUGCUGUCGAUGAUAAACCAUCAAGCGGACCUAUUCCAGACAAUGGCUGGGCGGCUGCUGAUUUGUCGGUAUUUGAGUCCGUUCCCAAGACCACGGCUCCACAUGUCGAGCCGAGCAUCGUCGUCCCCGACCCCGUGGAGCUUUCGGCUCCCACAUCUUCCAACCCCUCAUCAAAUGAAAGCAGUAACACUCAGGAGCAACACGAUGAGAUGGCACAACGGAUCAUCUCGAACCUGCCGGAUUUGUCCUACAUGCUCCGAUAA